UCAACUAUAUAUUUAUGUAUACACCUAGUAACCCAGCCAGAAGCACCCACUACAACAUCAUCUUAAUCCUAAUCUCAUUCUUGUACAUCAUCAAAACUCACCACAUUAAGGUUAAGAUGGCUGAAGGAAAAAGCACAGACAGUAGCCUGAAGCUCAAGUCAGUAAUCAACUAUGAUGACAGUAAGGACAACGAAGAAGAUAAGGGAGAUUUGCCUGAUGAUCUUUCACUGGAAAAACUAAGCCUUAAAGUUCCGAAAAAGAAACUCCUCAUCCUUUGCCUUGGCGGGCUGCUAUGUCACAGGGUCUGCUUUAAACGCGGUUCCGGUAACGUUCAGACAAACCGCCGUCCUGAUACUGUGUAUGGAAGCUUUAAAGUUUACAAGAGGCCAUUCUGCGAUGAUUUUGUGACAUUCUGCUUCGAAAGAUUCGAGGUUGGAAUCUGGUCUUCUGCGAGAGAAUGGUACAUGAAUGAUGCUCUUGAUGGUGUUAUGAGAGGUUUCAGGUCCAAGCUGCUAUUUGCUUGGGACCAAGACAGAUGUACUGAUUCAGGGUUCAAAACCUUGGAGAACAAGAAGAAGCCGAUUUUUCUUAAGGAAUUUAAUCAGCUCUCCGCUCUUUCAUGGUGCAAGGGGCAAGAUACCUCUUUGAACACUUUGCUGAUUGAUAAUGACCCCUACAAGUCUCUUCUAAAUCCUCCCUACACCGCUAUUUUUCCUGACGAAUACACGGUGGACUGUGUUAAUGAUUCUGCUUUAGGUCCUGAGGGUGAUCUUCGGGUCUACUUGGAAGGCCUGGCUGAUGCUAAAGAUGUUCCAUCCUAUGUGAAGGACCAUCCUUUUGGGAAGCCUGCAAUCACUCCCCUGCACCCUGACUGGGAUUUUUACUCCAAGAUUGUUCGACGCCGUAGCAAGGAACCGAUCGUGACCUACAGAAGUUCAAGGGCACAAACUUUGAAAUUUCUGACUCACCACACAAUCAAGAUGGCUGGCAACAGGGAUGACCUAAAUUAUCAUGACGAAGAUGGGGAUGGCCUCAAUGGGGAUGGCAUUGAACUAGAGAAGCUAAGCCUUGGUCCAGAUGGAAGCAAGAAACUUCUUGUACUUGAUCUAGCUGGGGUACUGUGUGAAAGGGUGUUUCACAAAAACAAGGCCAAUAUCCCUGAUAAUCGGACUCCUGAUGCUGCCAGUGGAAGCUUUUUCGUUUACAAGAGGCCAUUCUGUGAAGAGUUUGUGAGAUUUUGCCUUGAAAGGUUUGAAGUUGGAAUCUGGUCUUCUGCCAAAAGGACUAACUUGGAAACUGCCGUUGAUUGUGUGAUAGGAGAAAUCAAAGGCAGACUCUUAUUUGUCUGGGACCAAGAUGAUUGCACUAAUUCUGGGUUCAGCACCAAGGAAAACAAGAACAAGCCAAUCUUUUUCAAGGAGUUGAAGAAACUGUGGGACAACAAGUCCUCUAAUCUUCCAUGGAGAAGAGGGCAAUAUUCUUCAUCAAAUACAUUACUGAUUGAUGAUAAACCUUACAAGGCACUUCUAAAUCCUCCUUGCACGGCAAUAUUUCCCACCGAAUACAAGCCGGACCAACUGGAUGAUGCUACUUUAGGUCCAAACGGUGAGCUCCGACUGUACUUGGAUGGCCUGGCAAGAGCAGCAGAUGUCCCUGCAUAUGUGAAGGAACACCCUUUUGGACAGUCUGCUAUAACAGCUAUCCAUCCUGACUGGGAUUUCUACUCCAACAUCAUUGACAAUUCCAUGGGCAAGGAAUCAUCAGCUUCCGGGAAAGUCACGGACAGAUGAUUUCUUUUGUUUACUACGGAAAUGUUUCCUUGUUUGUGCCCUUGAAAGUUUAACAAAUAUUUAAGUCUGUUUAUUUUAGUAUUUCAUUUUAUAUA